GUCCUCUGGUUAGUCUACCUGGUUCCGUCAUGUCGGGGACGCAGCUGCUCAGAGAGCUGGUCAACGAGCGGCUGGCAGCGGCCGCAGAGGAGAUCUUCGGACUUGUUGAGAAGACGAUAGCAGAGUAUCAGGGUGCAGUUGUCCGCUCCGAGAGGGAAAUCAUGCACCUGAAGCAGGAGAUCGAGCAGCUGACCGCUUUAAAAGCUGAGCAGUCUUUGUUCAGAGCAGACACCCAGUCAGUCUCUGAGGAAGCGUUUCCUUCACAGCAUCCAGACCAGAUUCCCAUUGUGGAGGAAAAUGAGACCCAUGACCCUCAGGAGGUCAAACAGGAGCAGGUGGGUCUCUGUAUGAUCCCAGACCUGAAGGCUGAUUCCUCUGAGGAUAUAAAAAUCAAGCUUACUGGAUCAGAAACAACUACUCAGACAGACUGCCAGCUGUUCCCAACUUUCAGCUCUAUAACUGUGACACUGGACGAUGACAUUGAUGAGGACGGUGAUGAUGAAUGGAAUGGGAGUGACGGCUCAGGUUCGUCCUCUUGUGGUCCGAGUCAUGACGGUGCUUCUUUUACGGAGCAGGAACAGGAACAGUCUCAGAGAGACAAGAAGACUUGCCGUUUCUGUGGCAAGCGGUUUAAAAGGGACUCAGCUCUGAUCAGACACAUGGAUGACGUUCACAGGGGAGAGAAGGCCUUCGAAUGCUCUGAAUGUGGCAAGAAAUUUGCUCGUAGGGACCAUCUGGCUAUGCAUUUUAGAAUUCACACUGGGGAAAAGCCACACAAGUGCCAUUUCUGUAAAAAAUCAUUUGCUCAAAGUUCAAAUCUCAAUGUUCACCUGAGGAUGCACACCGGGGAAAAGCCAUAUUUUUGCAAAUCAUGUGGCAAAAUGGUCGCCCACACCUAUCAUCUCAAAACGUGUGGCACUGUGAAGCCCAAUUUGGAAAAGUCAUUUCGCUGUUUGAUAUGUGGCAAAAAAUUUCACACUGCUUUGAAGCUGAGGGCACACACGAAGAUCCACGAAGCCAGGAAACCGCACACGAAUGUGUAGUUUUUUGCCUGAUAAUAUGUCUGAAUUCCUAUUUCAUGUAAGAGCACUUAUUAUUUGAUUCUCACUUGAACUGUUUGCUUAAGACUUUGUUUUAAAACAAUGCCAACUACCGUACUGGAUACAUAUCAGACUGGAGUCCUCAGGUAUUUACUGUUGUGUUUUAUUAAAGACUACACUAAUAUCCAUGAUCAUCCAUGUACUGUAGAUGCCCAGUUCAGAGUCAGAUUUAAUAAAAUACUGCUACCAUCGCAGACA